AUGAUGGCAAUGCUUCAUGGACGCAGCAUCUUCCUGCGGCAUCUGAAUGUUGUGCGUCCAACAUGCAGCUCACCUUCUAUCUCUUAUUUUUCGCUGAACCGGCAUCGUCCUGCCUUGCUCACUUUGCCUGCUUUGGGCAAGAGCGUACUGAGCUUCUCGUCGUCAGCGCUAGACGAGCAGAGCGACAAGAUUAAGCAGAAACCACUAGAGAUAAAGAAACUUAACGCUUUAAGCGGCAUAGGACUCGAUCGGCCUCCCGAUACGGUCAAAGAGAUUUUGUCCUUUCUGAUGGGUCAUUUAUGGCCUAACGAGGACUCAAAGGAGGCCAAGAAAAUUAAACAAAAGGUGCUCAUCUCAGCGGGUCUCGUAGUUGCGUCGAAGGCACUGACAAUUCAAGUGCCUUUUCUCUUUAAGGAGCUGGUUGAUGACAUGGGAGAAGUAUCCAGUAUCAUGGCGGGAUCACCCGAAAUCGCGGUGCCUCUGGCCAUGGUGCUUGGCUACGGAGUAGCAAGAUUUAGUGCCAGUGCAUCAUCAGAGCUGGCCAAUGCCGUAUUUGCGACAGUGGCUCAGAAGACUAUUCGAAAGGUUGCAGUGCGAGUGUUUGAGCACUUGCACGCAAUGGAUCUCCAAUUCCACUUGGAUCGGCAGACAGGUGCGCUGUCUCGCAUUAUUGACCGCGGGUCUCGGUCGAUUGACUUUGUGCUGCGCGCUAUGGCAUUCAGAGUGGUCCCGACAGUGCUGGAGAUUGGGCUGGUCAGCACCAUUAUGGCUACAAAUUUUGGCCUGCCGUACGCGGGUGUAACAUUAGGUACGCUUACUGCGUACACGACGUUUACGGUGCUGGUCACGCAGUGGCGUGACGAAAUUCGUCGCGAGAUGAACCGCCUUGAGAACGAGGCUGGCGCGAAAGUAAUUGAUUCGUUGAUGAACUACGAGACAGUCAAGUAUUUUAACAACGAAGAGCACGAGACGAAGCGCUACGACGAAUCGCUAAAGGGGUAUCAGCAAGCAGCUCUAAAAACGCAGACUUCUUUGGCGAUGCUAAACGCCGGGCAAAACGGUAUCUUUAGCGUCGGCCUUACUGCCAUCAUGUACAUGGCGUGCGAAGGGAUUACUGCUGGAUCGCUAACUGUUGGUGAUUUGGUACUUGUAAAUGGUUUACUAUUCCAGCUGUCCAUUCCUCUGAACUUCAUCGGUAGCAUUUACCGUGAAGUGCGUCAAUCGGUCACAGACAUGGAGUCCAUGUUCAAGCUUGGCGCGGUGACGCCAGUCAUUACAAAUGCGAACAAGAAUCUGAGCCUAACCGGCAAAGAGCCAAAAUCUAUUGAAUUCCGCGAUGUGAACUUCGGAUACAGCUCGGAGCUCCCAAUAUUACACAAAACGUCGUUCAAAAUUGGCGCUGGCAAGCGCGUUGCUAUCGUUGGUACUAGUGGUUCCGGCAAGUCUACGGUAUUCCGAUUGCUAUACCGCUUUUACGAUCCUCAAAGUGGCUCAAUCCUUAUUGACGGAAAGGAUAUUCGCCAAAUAAGUCUGGACGAGCUGCGUCAGGCAAUUGCAAUCGUCCCGCAAGACACCGUACUGUUCAAUGACACGAUUUUUUACAACAUCAAUUACGGCCGUCUCGAUGCAAGCCCAGAGGAAGUAAUGAAUGCUGCAAGUGUCUCUCAGAUCCACCGAUCGAUUGAAACGUUUCCGGAUGGAUACAAUACUCGUGUGGGUGAGCGCGGUCUAAAGCUUUCUGGUGGCGAAAAGCAGCGUGUGUCAAUUGCGCGUGCAAUGCUGAAGAAUGCACCAAUUUUGUUGUUUGAUGAAGCGACUAGUGCACUGGAUUCAGAGACCGAGUCAGAGAUCGUGCGUGAGUUUGCAUCGAUUGGUGCAAACCGUACGUCGCUCAUUAUAACUCACCGUCUGUCUACGAUUGAAAAUGUCGACGAGAUUAUCGUGUUUGACAAAGGGCAUGUAGCUCAGCAGGGAUCUCAUGAGGAAUUACUUGGUGAUAGUAAGGGAAAAUAUGCUGAGAUGUGGGCUCACCAGAACCACCACGUACUCGAUACUGGCGAUAAUGACACAAGUUAG